AUGUGUAAUUUUUGCAGCUUUCACCAAAAUAAAAAUAGAUUUUGCGAUGAGAGAAAAUACUUGUUUAACACCGAAUUUGAAGAUGAUGAACAUCUAUUCCAGGCAUACGCUCGUAAACAACCAGUUUGGCAACAAGUUGCAACUCGGUUCCUGAUCACUCCUACCUUUCUUACGUUUGAGGACCUUCUCCUCCCAACUUCUCCGUUGUCCGUUAAAGAUAUUCCCUUUGUCACUAGCCGAAUUGCAGCUAUUGCCACCUUAAACAUUAGACGGCUCGAGCUAGAAGAAUCUAUCCAGACUUAUAAUCUUUAUAGAAUCGAGAAUAGAAGCACAACGCCUUUCUUUUUUAAUACGCAGAAAUCAAAAAGUCAAGCGUUUUUAGCAUUAAGUAAAAUCCUACAAAUAAAUAAAGCUCUAAUGCUAUUUCCAAUAGAGUCAAAUAAACAUUGUCUGUCCACACCAACCGAGAAGCUCAUACACACAAUGAAGUCACCAAAAAGAUAUUUACACCUCAGUGACAUCCUUUACGGACAUUUAAUCCAAAAUGCAGGAAGUGUACCAAAAAAGGAUCCUGUCAGGUCCACCACAUGCGUGCAUCCAACGCACUACAAAAAGUCUAAUUAA